AUGGUGGUGCCUCCAUUUGGUUGUGGUCGUUUGAUUCUUCUUUGGGAACUAGCCAGAACAUUGCAUCUUUGUGGUGGCUGCAUUAAGCUUGGAAUCCCCUGCCUGCUGCAAUCAUUGUCUGCUGCAAAUAGCAUGGAAUCUGAAACUAUUAAUCGAAGUGUGAAUGUGAAUGUUAAUGUUGAUGAUAAUAUACAUAAUCAAAUUGCUAAUGACCCACAAGAACCACCUUCUGUAAACAAUGAAGACAGUGAAGUUCAAAAAGAAACUAAGAAAGCUAAGACAACUACCUCUGAAGUUUGGAAUUAUUUUUCUAAAGUUGGAGUAAAAGAUGGUAAAGAGAAGGCCAAAUGUAAUGCAUGUGGGCAAGAAUAUGUUAUUGGGCUCACUCGUUUUCUGACCCGGCCCGUGGUGAGCCAACCCGUGUGAGCCGGGUUGGCUCACUUUGACAUGCCUAGCG